AAAUGAGAAAUUAAAUUCAAAGCGACAGGUUCAAGGUCCAAAGUGAUGUACCGCAAGUUUGAUACUCACGUCUGUUAGCAGGCCAACGAUAAUUCUUUGGUACCUAAGUAUAAAAUACGAACGAACCGUUAUUAUUAGUCAGAGUUGAAAAGACGUUGCUAAAGUUUUCAUCAGAGGAAAAAAAAAUAUAAGAAACUUAAAAAAGAUCCAGGAAGAUUUCGUAUAAUAACAACGAUGAAGCAAUAUUACAAAGGGGUGAUCGUGUUACAAUUUGCUCUUUGCUUGAUCCUAAUUCUUCAUGGAAAGGGUUCAACAGGGAAACCUUUGACUCCUGACGAUGUGGAAGGUUUACUUCCACCCGAUCCACGCGACAAGAAUGAAACGAUAGCAGCCGUUGUUCAGGAUCCAGUUGUCCAAGAUGCUGUGCACCACGCGGUCAGCAAUGGAUCCUUAAACGGAUUGGUGAUCAAAAAGCAUGUUUUCAUAAUGCCGGCUACCAAUCCCAAUUUGAUACUUUCCAAACGUGAACAUCUUCUGGUCGUUCCUACCGAGAACUUGCAAGAUGUAAAAAAAAAUAUUACCGAGGCCAAAGAAGCAGAGACUCAAACUCGAGAAUCUUUGCCAGAAAAUCAAGCAAUCUUCGAGGACGAUGAGAGUCGAUACUUGUCAGAGGGAAAUGAAAACGGCUUGAAAGAAAAUGAAGACGGGUCCUUGCCAAGCGUGGACCAAUCGUCGAAUGAAAAACGGAAAAGCGGGACGGAAUUCUUGAGAAACAAGCUCACACGGGAGGUUUCGUUACCGCAAGAUUCUUCCUCGAUGAAAGUAGCCGUCCCUAUUGUCGCGGUCAUUGAUCCCUCGAACGCUGAAAAGGGCCACGUGAAAAGUCCCAUCGUGGCCGUUUUGCCUCAUCGCGUUAAGGGCGGCGAAUUGAACGAUCAAAUUCAAUUCCUAAAGGAUAACGGCGAAAAGAUUCAGAAAAAGGCUCAAGACUACGUCGAUCAGAGCUCGUUAACCAUCACCCCCAAUUAUUGGAGAUUUUCAACGCCAUCCGAGAUCGUCGCUUCAUCGCCGGUGUACAGCAACGAUCCAGUCCCAUCUUACGCGGAUCAAGGAGCUUCGAGUUUAACCACGAAUGAAAUGUUUCUGCCGCCGUUAAUCGUAUCGCAGUGGGAAAUGCUCGCGCCAUCUGUACAGGACGAUCGAACGGAUUACUCAGGAGAAACAGGUGACAUGGAUGUAGCUGAAGAUAUUAUAUUUAGACCUCUGUUUAGAUACCGACAGGAAACGCAGCAGCGGUCUAAAUACUAUGACGAAAGCAAUCGAAGAUAUAGUUACACACCGUAUCGAAACUAUGACAACUAUUAUCCGAGACGCUCUUUUUACAGACCUCAGUCCUACAACGAUUAUUAACGAUGUGGAUUAGAACGAGGAAAGAGAAACGUGACUUAUGUUUGGAAAGCCGUUGAGA